GCGGCCGCCGCCAGAGAAGCGAUGCGGAGCCUCCUGCUGGCCGCCGGGGCCCUGUGGGGCACGCGCGGGGCGUCCGCGCAGGAGUACCCAGGCUGCGUGGAGGGCAAGACGGUGUUGCGGCACGCCGGCGCGCACGCCAUCUUUGUGGACGUGAGCGCGUUCGGCACCGCGGGCUGCUGGCAGAACGACUGCAAGAACUCCGACAAGUUCAACGCGGCGGACCAGGGCGUCUGCGCGAGGGCCUGCUCCUCCAUCGAGCAGUGCACGCACUGGUCGUACGGCGAGCAGGAGGGCGCCAUGAAGUGCUUCCUGAGGAAGUCGGACGGCGGCCGCGAGGACGCAGACGGCUGGGUCGCAGCACCCAAGGAGUGCUCCCCGCCCGCGAUCCCGCACGCCCAGCUGGCCCUGGCGGCGGCGGAGCUUCCGAGCCUGCAGGCCUGCGACGCGGGCAAGAGCGACGCGUGCCCAGACAUGGCGAAGGCGGUCUCCACGUGGAAGUACGCCAUCGGCGCCCUGAAACGGGCCACGGACGGCGCCCUGGACGCCAACACGAUGCAGUACGUGACGCAGAUCGGCCAGGACACGGAUGCGUUCUCGGCCCAGAUGAGUGAGGAAAAUUUCCCCGUUGUGAUUCAGAACAACCGUCAGGUGUUCAAUGCGCUGAAGGGCUGGCUGGACUCGCAGCCCAAGGGGGAGUUCGACUCCAACGACGCCUCGCUGCCGAAUCCCAUGCGCGGGGCGCUCUGUGGCAGCAGCUCCUGCUUCGAGCUGUAA